AUGUUUUUUAUGACAUUCCGAGAGAUGGCAGUCUUGAGAGGUUCUGAAAGUUCCUAAAACAACUGUGGUCAAAAAAGCUGUUGAGGGAGCAAAAGGAACCAAAAAAUAAAAUAAAAAUCUCCGUUAAAAUGCUAAAAAACAUACGAAAGAUGGAGUCAGGUAAAAAACGAAGUGAUAAAUCUAUUGACUGUUUUGAUAUUGACAUGUAAAACCCUCAAAAAUCAGUGAAACGAGUCUGAAAAAGUGAGAGAUUGCGGCUGUUGCGCAAUCGUUCCAGGCUCGCUUCAGGAAGGCGAGUUGUAAGGGAGGGGGUGAGCAGGUUUGUUAAAAACAAGGGCGUUGCCCUGAGCAAUGUGUGAAUAUUGUAAAUCAGCAAUAGAAGGAAACCAAUAAAAUAUGAGAACAGUAAUUUAACUAACUAAAAGUAAUUACCGAGUGAAAAUUUAUGAAACUAAUUAGUAAAAAAUGGUCAAUUUGAGAAAAAUUAAGGUAAUGGAAAAAUACAACUCAAUUUCAGGCCAUAACUUCUUUCGUUCUUCCCAGUCCUCCCUUGGUAACAUUUCAGCAAAGCGUAUGCCCUUUUCCUUGCAGAUUUGAGAGUCCUUGGUCCGUCGAAACCUCUUCCUUCAUCCGUCUUGGGCCAAACAGAAUGGUGACGUGUAUGGUCUUAUUGUCCAUCCUCUUUCCAACUCUAUUUACUAUAUCAACUGCAUCUUCAAUCUUAGCCUCAAGCUCCUGGACGAUCCUUCCCGGGAUUUGGACAAUUACGCUCUGAUGUUUUCAUCCUUAUUUUCUUCCAAGGUUUCAAACUUAGUAAAAAUAAGGAAACAUUAUUCUAUGCAAAAGCUAGAAGUAUGACCCAAGUUCGAGAUUCGAACACUAAUUAUUGGGGGAGAUAAUUUUGUAAAUGUUGAAUGGAGUUAAUAGAAUAAAAACGACCGGAUGAUUCGGAAGUCAAACACGAAAUGCAAUAACCAUAGACAUGUGCAAUACCACCUACAUCCACCGUUGCUUCAAGCCGAGGGGUGGGGGUCUGGUCUGUUUACCUCCCUAAUUUUCUCACCACAGCAGGCAAAGUUGUGAAUCAAGCUCAAGAGAACAGCAGAGAGACUCAACCAGAGAGAAACAAGUUUCCAGAGACUACACACCAGACAGGACCCUGAGAAACCAGACAGAGAACAAAGAGAGGUCUGAGUUAUGAAGACACAUCAGUGUGACACCUGUGGGAAGGAACUUUCCUCAUCCAAGAACCUCAAGUACCACAUGAUGAUCCACACUGGAGAGAAGCCCUACAGCUGUGACCACUGUGGGAAAUCUUUUAGAGACUCUUCUUGUUUCAGAGGUCACAGCAGGAUCCAUACUGGGGAGAAGCCAUACAACUGUGACCUCUGUGAUAAAUCCUUUAACCAUACUUGCGCCUUAAAAGAUCACCGCAGAAUCCACACAGGAGAGAAGCCCUACAGCUGUGACCUCUGUGGUAAAUCCUUUAGCCGGGCUGGCCAUUUCAGAGCCCACAACAGGAUCCACACUGGGGAGAAGCCCUACAGCUGUGACUUCUGUGGGAAAACAUUUAGUCAAAGACAUUCUCUCACUUUUCACAACAGGAUCCACACUGGGGAGAAGCCCUACAGCUGUGACGUCUGUGGGAAAAUAUUUAGUCAUGCAGGUUCUCUCACUGUUCACAACAGGACCCACACAGGAGAGAAGCCCUACAGCUGUGACUUCUGUGGUAAAACCUUUAGCGACUCUUCUACUUUCAGAAGUCACAGCAGGAUCCACACUGGAGAGAAGCCCUACAGCUGUGACUUCUGUGGUAAAACCUUUAGCGACUCUUCUACUUUCAGAAGUCACAACAGGAUCCACACUGGGGAGAAGCCCUACAGCUGUGACGUCUGUGGGAAAACAUUUAGUCAUGCAGGUUCUCUCACUGCUCACAACAGGAUCCACACAGGAGAGAAGCCCUACAGCUGUGACGUCUGUGGGAAAACAUUUAGUCAGGCAGGUACUCUCACUCUUCACUACAGGACCCACACAGGAGAGAAGCCCUACAGCUGUGACUUCUGUGGUAAAACCUUUAGCGACUCUUCUACUUUCAGAAGUCACAGCAGGAUCCACACUGGGGAGAAGCCCUACAGCUGUGACUUCUGUGGUAAAACCUUUAGCCAGGCUGGCAAUUUCAGAGCCCACAGCAGGACCCACACAGGAGACAAGCCCUACAGCUGUGACGUCUGUGGUAAAUCCUUUAGCCAGGCUGGCAAUUUCAGAGCCCACAGCAGGACCCACACAGGAGAGAAGCCCUACAGCUGUGACGUCUGUGGGAAAACAUUUAGUCAGGAAGGUACUCUCACUCUUCACUACAGGACCCACACAGGAGAGAAGCCCUACAGCUGUGACGUCUGUGGGAAAACAUUUAGUCAUGCAGGUUCUCUCACUCUUCACAACAGGAUCCACACAGGAGAGAUGCCCUACAGCUGUGACCUCUGUGGUAAAACUUUUACCCGGGCUGGCAAUCUUAGAACUCACUGCAGGACCCACACUGGAGAGAAGCCCAUACAGCUGCCCACACUGUGACUAUUCAUGUAAAACAAAUGGCAAUCUGAAGUGUCACCUGCGUAUCCACAAUAAAAAACAAACCAAAGCAGUGAAGUCUGGGGCCAAGCUGUCCCAGCAGUCACCACCUGAGAGAACUUCUGUAUGACCCACACCUGGAAGAACUACUGGCCUACACCUACUGGGACAGCACGUGCAGUAACACCAAAUCUACAGUCCAACAUGACAGCACAUGCAGUAACACCAGAUCUACAGUCCAACAUGACAGCACAUGCAGUAACACCAGAUCUACAGUCCAACAUGACAGCACAUGCAGUAACACCGGACCUACAGUCCAACAUGACAGCACAUGCAGUAACACCAGAUCUACAGUCCAACUUGACGGCACAUGCAGUAACACCAGAUCUACAGUCCAACAUGACAGCACAUGCAGUAACACCAGAUCUACAGUCCAACAUGACAGUGUAACCGACGUGGUAUUGCAAGCUCCAUCAGAGGUAUACGGGCCACUGUCCGCUCCGACCAGGAGUCGAACCGACCACCUCUGACUUCCAAAGCGCCACCACUACUACGCCAACGAAAAGUUAGCAAUUCGUUGACGCGGAUGGCCCGUUACAUACUUGAGGAGUGAGUUUCACCACACACAGGCUACAACAGCACAUGCAGUAACACCAGAUCUACAGUCUAACAUGACGGCACAUGCAGUAACUCCAGAUCUACAGUCCAACAUGACAGCACAUGCAGUAACACCAGACCUACAGUCCAACAUGACAGCACAUGCAUGUAGCUAAAAGUCUAGGAAAGUUGAGGAUACUCUUCGCUAGGUACCUACGAAAACGUCUUAAUCUGCUAGACAGGUGGGUUCCCCUUCGUUCUUUUGGUGAGCAGUCUCACGAGCCCAACUUACCCGGCGUCAUGGAGCCGACCCUGCGGCUAAACAGUUAUUUAAGACAGAGACAGAGACAGAGAGAGAGACAGAGAGAGAGAGAGAGAGAGAGAGAGAGAGAGAGAGAGAGAGAGAGAGAGAGAGAGAGAGAGAGAGACAGACAGACAGACAGACAGACAGACAGACAGACAGACAGACAGACAGACAGACAGACAGACAGACAGAGACAGAGAGGUUGUCAACCUGUUUUCAGUGAUGUACCCCUUGUGAAAUAAUUUUCAGCCAAGUACCCCCUAACCAGCGCAGCGCAUUUUUGAUUGAAAAAAAGAUGUAGGCCCUAAUACACAGUGCUAUGCCAUUGUAACAGAUGUAGUGAUGUGGAAAAAACAUCAUUCUGUUGUAAUUAUGAAGAUGGUUAAUGAUGAUGGACUUAAAGAUAUUUGUAAUCACUCUUUGGUAUAUGCUAUAUUAUUGAAAAACGUAUUAAUUCAAGUUAUAUUAGUGGAAACCAGAUGCAAAGCUGUUGGCUGAUUAUUGUUAUCCCUACACAAUGGUAGGAGACAUGAAGCCCAAAAUAUAAGGUUUAAAUAAUUAAAGGAUGAAUGGGGGAGAGGAGCAUGUGUAUGCUUUCAUAAAGGACCAGGAUGCAUAGCUAUAACUUAUGAGACAUAUUUGUGGCCUUACGCCCAGAAGCCUAAUGCAGCUGGCUGUUCAAGGUCAGAAAGAGCCUCAUUUCAAGCAGUGUCUAUGUAGGAAAGUACCUGUUUUGAAUCCCCUGAGACAAGGGAUCCGCUUUGUAAGAUGACCUAAUGUCAAUGUAACCAACAAAUAUCGUACCAUAUUAACAUAAAAUGGGGAGAAGACUAUAUAAGUUAAAUUGUCCGGAGAAAACUUCAGUCUGAUCUCGGGAUCACGCUCACGUUCUAUUGGGCAUCUUUGUUACCUGAGAACCAAUAAAACACUUUGCAUCAAC